ACCGGCUCCUCCGGCACCAUCACACUCCGGUGCAAAGACCUGAAGGUGUUGCAGCUGGAGAUCCCGGGCAUGGAGGAGUGUCUCAACAUCGCCAGCUCCAUCGAGGCCCUCUCCUCGGUGGACUCCGUGAUGAUGAUGUACCCGUUCUUCUACAGACCCCAGGACCUGAAGAUCGAGGAAGGAUGGCACCUUUUCCCCCUCGAGCAGUACUUCCAGCAGAUCUCCUCGCAGGUGAGCCUGGAGGGGAGAGACCUGCCUGCCGUCAUUGUGCCGGCAGCGUUGGACGAUGACAACUUGCGGAAGGCUGCCCGUUUCCGGCAGGGUGGGCGAUUCCCCGUCCUCAGCUAUUACCACCGCAAGAACGGCACUGUGAUGCUCCGCAGCAGCCAGCCGCUGACGGGCCCCAACCGAAAGCGCUGCCGCGAGGAUGAGAUGCUGCUGGGGACGGUCCUGGACGAGGGGGAACGGGGCUUUAUCAUCGACACACGGUCGGCCCAGGCGGCAAAGCAGGCUCGGAUGACGGGGGGGGCGUCCUGCCGCACGCUGGAGGGCUUCCAGGGGCUGCUGGAGCGGGAGUGGAUCGAGGCCGGCCAUCCCUUCCACCUCCGCUGUGCCCGCUCUGCCUACUCCCAUGCCCGGCUGAAGCAGGAGGCGCCGCUUUUCCUCCUCUUCCUCGACUGCGUGUGGCAGCUGAGCCGCCACCGCCAGUUCCCCUUCUCCCUGGAGUUCGGCGAGUGCCUCCUCCUCACCCUCUUCGACAACGCCUACGCCUCCGCCUACGGCACCUUCCUCUGCAACAACGAGAAAGAGAGGUGCCUGUGUAAAGUGAGGGAGAGCACGCACUCCCUCUGGGCCUGGCUGAACCAGCCUGGCGAGAAGAAGAAGUACCUGAACCCUCUCUACUCGCACAACGCCCUGGUCAUCUGGCCCUCCGUCGAGCCCCAGAGCAUCCAGCUCUGGCAGGGUUUAUUCUUCCGAUGGAUCCGUUCAUCCCAGCACCUGGACGAGGCCUGGGCAGAGACCCAGCGGUUAGUAGAGGACAACGACCCCCCCGUCAAGGACAGCACAGGGAACAGCCUGAGCCGGUCCCUCUCUGACCCCGCUGCCCGGACAGAGAAUGAAAGAUGA